ACAUUGACGGCGAAUACUACCAUAGGGCAAGAAACACUUGAAAGCCGUGGAUUGCACUUUCACGGAUACUUAUUUUGGAUAUCAUUUGGCGCCUUACUUGGAUUUGUAAUAAUUUUCAACAUUGGAUUUACCUUGGCCUUAACCUUCUUAAACCCUCCUGGUUCUCGUGCUAUUAUUUCAAAUGAAAAGCUUUCCCAAAUUCAAGGAUCUGAAGAUUCCUCCAGUGCUGCCAAUGCAGAAGCAAAAUCUACAGAUUCUCAUAACAAUACUACAAAAUCUCAUGAAGGUCGAGUGGUUUUACCUUUUGAACCCCUAACUCUGGUGUUUCAAAAUGUGCAAUACUAUGUUGACACCCCUGUGGCAAUGAGAGAAAGGGGGUUCACUCAGAAAAAACUCCAACUUCUUUGUGAUAUUACAGGUGCAUUUAGGCCUGGUGUUCUUACAGCAUUGAUGGGUGUCAGUGGAGCUGGGAAAACAACUCUUAUGGACGUUCUUGCUGGAAGAAAAACUAGUGGCACUAUUGAAGGAGAUAUUAGAAUUGGAGGGUUUCCUAAGGUUCAAGAGACGUUUGCUAGGAUUUUGGGUUACUGUGAGCAAACCGACAUACAUUCUCCACAAAUUACAGUUGAAGAAUCAGUGGUUUAUUCUGCUUGGUUGCGUCUGCAUCCUGAAAUUGAUUCAAAAACUAAAUUUGAAUUUGUGAAAGAAGUCCUUGAGAUCAUUGAGCUUGAUGAAAUCAAAGAUUGCUUGGUUGGCAUGCCCGGUGUUAGUGGUUUAUCAACUGAGCAGAGAAAGCGGCUUACGAUAUCCGUGGAGCUUGUUGCUAACCCCUCUAUUAUUUUCAUGGAUGAACCUACAACUGGAUUGGAUGCAAGAGCAGCUGCAAUUGUUAUGCGAGCAGUGAAGAACGUGGCUGAAACAGGAAGAACAAUUGUUUGCACCAUUCACCAACCAAGCAUUGACAUAUUUGAAGCAUUUGAUGAGUUGAUUCUAUUGAAAUCCGGCGGACGAAUUGUUUACUCUGGACCACUCAGUCAACAUUCAAGCAGUGUCAUCGAAUAUUUUGAGGAUAUCUCAGGGGUGCCAAAGAUAAAAAAUAAUUACAAUCCAGCAACAUGGAUGUUAGAUGUCACUUCUACAUCGGCAGAAGCUGAACUUGGUGUUGAUUUCGCCCAAGUUUAUAAGAACUCUGUCUUGUAUCAGAACAAUAGAGAACUUGUAAAUAGGUGGAGUACUCCACCUCCUGAUUCAAAAGAGUUGUAUUUCGCAACCCGCUUUGCACAAAAUGGUUGGGGACAGUUCAAAUGCUGCCUCUGGAAGCAACACCUGUCUUAUUGGAGAAGUCCUGCAUACAACUUGCAGCGUUUCGUGUACAUGAUUGUUGCAUCUUUUCUUUUCGGGGUACUGUUUUGGGAUCAAGGAAAGAAAUUAAAGACCCAGCAGAGCCUUUUCAAUGUAUUUGGUUCAAUGUUCUCCACUACGAUCUUCUUGGGCAUAAAUAAUUGCUCAUCAAUUUUACCAUAUAUCUCAACGGAGCGAUCUGUUUUGUUUCGGGAAAGGUUUGCCGGGAUGUAUGGUUCGUGGGCUUAUGCACUUGCUCAGGUCACGAUUGAGAUUCCCUAUCUCCUAGCAAUAUCAAUUGCAUUUGUGGUUAUUACAUAUCCAAUGAUUGGGUAUUAUUGGUCAGCUUAUAAGGUUUUCUGGUAUUUUUAUGCCAUGUUUUGUACAUUACUAUACUUCAGUUAUCUGGGAAUGCUGCUUAUUGCAAUGACACCGAGCUUUCCAGUGGCUGCAAUUUUACAGUCCGCCUUCUACACAAUUUUCAACCUGUUCGCUGGAUUUCUGAUACCUCAACCGCAAAUUCCCAAGUGGUGGAUUUGGUUGUAUUAUAUAAAUCCGACUGCUUGGACACUAAACGGUAUGCUUACAUCGCAGUAUGGAGAUAUAGACCAGAACAUUAAGGUGUUUGGAGAAACCAAAACUGUUGCGGCCUUUUUAAGAGAUUAUUUUGGAUACAGACAUGAUCAGUUACCCAUUGUAGCUGUUAUGCUCCUUAUUUUCCCCAUUGUUUUU